GUAAAAAGAAAUGUGUCAUUCAUAAAAUUAUCGCCAUACUGUUCUUUGAUAGUCAUAAAACGUAAAAAUAUUGAGUUCCUUGUGCAUACAACUGUGAUUGUGUUUUGAAAACCAAACUGCACGAUGGAAGAACAAGGAGGAAGUUCUGCACCUAGAGUGAGCGACAAGCGUUUGGCGCAAACACAGGCUAAAGUCGAUGAAGUUGUGGGUAUUAUGCGUGUCAAUGUCGAGAAAGUUUUGGAGAGGGAUUCAAAGUUGUCCGAGCUGGACAACCGCGCCGAUGCCUUGCAGCAUGGAGCUGCGCAGUUUGAACAGCAGGCAGGCAAACUAAAGCGGAAGUAUUGGUGGCAGAACUUGAAGAUGAUGCUGAUAAUAGGUGGCAUUGGUGCUGUGUUGCUGAUAAUCAUAAUUGUGUGGGCUACAUCAGGCAACAACAACACCUCUACUGCGGCGCCGGUCAACCCGCCGCCCGCACCCGACUCCGGCCGAUAAUCAUCAUACAGUCCACUUACACAAGACAUAUUUUAUUUUAAUCCCUCAAUGUAACUCUUUUAUAAAUUGGGAAUUUGGUAGACCAAAACUCGACUGAAACUUUGUAGGGAAUCUAUAUUUUCUAUGUUUUUACUGUUUACCUUCAACUAUACAGGACAACGCAUUAUAGCUGUAAAAUUUCUAUUAUAUAUUUUUGGUAAAAAUGUUUUGAUAACUCUCUACAAAUCUAUGAAGCCUAAUUUUGGUACUGAAAAAUGUUCAGUGAUGUAGGUAUGUAUACACACAUUCACUUUAAAAGACGAAAUUUUAUCGAAGUGAAUUUAGUAUAUUAUUUUGGAUGUUACAAUUAUACCUUGCUUUACAAAAUGAUGCCAAGUGUGCAGUAUACACUGAACUACAUUGUGAUAAAUUUUUAGUAUUACCUAUGGAAACCUAAUUUCAGAGCUUAUUAUCGACCAGGUCGGAUAAAGAACUGAUUUAAAUAAUUACAUCCUUGGCAAAAAUGUUAUGCCUAAUCUAUUUUACACUUGUUGCUUGGUUAAUGUUGAACAUAAAAUAUCAUUCAAUCAAUGAAAUUGAUGUAUCAAAAUUAUAUGUCUAUUAUUAACUAAGUUUAAUAUAAAAACAGUCGGUAAGCACAAAUUGUAUAAAAUAUGUCAAAGCACUAAAAGGUUUAGUUAUUAAUUUAGUUUAUAGUAUGUAAUAAAAUAUACAUUUGUACACAUUCUAAGAUGCUUACAUGUAAAUGCUGGCACAGCAAUGUAGUUAAGUAUUAAGCUGUAACUGUAUAAUAGUCUAGUUGUUGUGGUACGGUGGCAGUAUGUAACUAUGUAACCACUCCGACUUAAGACUUCAAUAUAAUAUAUUUUCACCUGUGUAUGUAUGUAUGCUGUUACUGUGGUUGCUUACAGUGUCAAUAAUUCCUACUGCAUUUUUUAUAAGCGAGUCCUAGGAUUUAGAUUCAAAAUGAGACAGAAUGGGACCAACAAUUGCUUCUAUCACACAGCACCGAGGUCCAUUCAUCUUUCAAUUGGAUUGUCUCUGUUGAUGUUGUAUUCUUUAAAUCCAUAUUAUUCUUAUCCCUAUUUUAGUUGUUUUGUAAUGUAUAAGAAACAAUAAAUGUAUGAAUUCUUCAAUUAAAUUGUUUGCUUACAUUA